AUGUCCCAGACCUCUCUUCUCGUCCAGCAGCAGAAACAAACAUCAUCUGACUUUGUCCUCCCCAUUCAUCCACUCACAAUCAACAACACCAACAACACCAACAACAACAAUACGCCAUUUGACAGCUUCAGCCAUUCGUGCUUGUCUUCCUAUGCUGAUGUCGCCGCUUCUGGCCCCAAGCAGUCCCCUGAGGAUGCCGCCGCCCCCCAGCCCCCCCAGAUCAUCCCCAACGAGUCGGUGACGACCUCGACAAGCAGCCUGGUGGACGUGGACUCGCAGUCGGUGCGCACGGUGCCGAGCGACUUCCUGGAGCAGGAGGUGCAGACGGACACGCAGGCGGCGCGGCUGGAGCGCGAGCGCGACGAGCAGACGGCCCGCGAGAAAGCCCGCCAGAAGAAGGAGGCCGCCAAGAAGCGCGCCGCGCGCGCCGACAACUGGCUGCUGUCGCGCCUCGCCGCCCUCUCCGACGGCCAGAGCAAGGGCCUCGUUGCUGCCAACCUCGCCGCUGUCGUUGGCCUGGGCGCUGUGCUCGGCUACAAGGCCUGGGGACUGCAUGAGCGCGGCCAGUUCACCUGGAAGACUGCUGGUCUUGGGGCGGGUAUUGUUGCUGUUGUUGGUGCUGUUGAGGGUGUGUUUGGCCGAUACUUCACCAAGGCCCGCGGAUCGAAGAGCUCGUAG